GGUUAUCUCCUUUAUCAGUCACUUAAAACCCAUACCUAUAAUAUUUUAGUAAACGAGAUAACAGAUAUCAAUUUAUAUCAGUAGUAAUAGUGAUGAAGAGUACGACAUAGCGUUAAAAGGUGCUGUUAUGAAAUUUGAUAUCACCAUGAAAAAUUUGCAAUGGAUUCUGCUUUCAAUUUGUUUUGGUUUAAUAAAUUGUAAAUCAACUAAUAAUCUGACAAUUGAACAACAGCUUUUAACCAAUGGAAGUCCCAUCACAAAUCAACUUAACGCAAACAAACAAAUUAUUUUAUUAUAUCGAAACUUUACGUCGAUAAACCCCUACAGGAUAAUCACAUCUUCCGAGAAUGCCAAGAAGGAAUUUCCCGUUUUGAUUGUUGCUGAACAGAGAACUCAAGUGACAGCAUGGUCUAUUCCGAUGCUUAUCGAAUCGACUAAACCAGGAGUAGAAUACUCUUAUAAUAUGUCCUCUAAAACAUUGUGUCAUGAUUAUAUGAACAUUAUAAUUCUUUCUCCAGGAAUUAUGAUAGUACGCCCUUUAUAUUUCCAACAAAAUUUCAUAGUGGCAUUGUCAACGGCGAGCACAACUGAUGUAAACGUAACUGUGCAAUUGAAAGAAGAGCCGGAUUUUUACCUAAUACAAGAUAAACCGUAUAACAUGACGGUGGGACCCAGUGAGCCAAGAUAUGCUUAUUUCAGAUUCGAAAAGGACACUGCUGACACGGUCGUCAUCGAAGUAGAUUCAGAAGACGAACUCUGUCUUACAAUUUCUGUCCAGGACAGCAAGUGCCCGGUUUUUGACAAUAACAAAGAUGUAAAAUAUGAGGGCAUCCAUCAAACAAUCAAUACAAAAGGUGCUAUUACUUUAUUGAAACGCAGUUACAAAGAUGGAUUCUUCCUUGUUUUCGUCGCGAAACCAGAUACCUAUGACUGCAGUCAGGAAAGCUCAAAUCUACCGAGACUGACAAGAACCGUUUCCAUAGAGCAGAUGGUUCGCACACAUGUUAACUUUAUUAUCAGAAAUAGCAUUACAGCAAAUGAUUACACUAUCGCUGUAGGUGCUACAUUUUUAAUAUUAAUCGGUUCCGGUAUCCUGGUGACUGUAGCUGCGCUUAUCUUCCAUAGGUAUGGGACCAUUGCUAGAAAUAAGUACGAAGAUGUCAUAGUAUCGGACUAUUUUGAAGCUUUGUCUGAAGAACAGAUCAGCUCAUUGCUGAGGAAACUUGAUCUACAUGUGUCCGAAUUAUCAAGACAUCCUAAUAGAAUCAAAAAAAGGUCUUACAACUAUUUGUAUCAUACGUUGAGUAUCGCCAUAUUUUACAGCAUACCUGUAGUUCAGCUAGUUUUCACCUACCAGAGGAUCGUUAAUCGCACUGGAGAUGAAGACAUGUGUUACUAUAACUUCCUAUGCGCACAUCCUGCCUUUCGUUUCAGCGACUUCAAUCAUAUUUUCUCCAAUAUCGGCUACGUUAUUUUCGGCAUCAUUUUCAUUUGUGUAGUUGCUGACAGGCAUAGAAUAAUCAAGUUGAGAAAGGACAAAGGAAUACCAGUGCAUUAUGGAAUAUUUCAUGCUAUGGGCGUGGCUUUAAUUAUUGAAGGGUUGUUGUCAGCAUGUUACCAUAUUUGCCCGAGUCAGUCCAAUUAUCAAUUCGAUACAAGUUUUAUGUACAUUAUGGCAGUUUUAUGCAUGGUAAAGUUAUACCAGAACCGUCAUCCAGAUAUUAAUGCCACUGCGUACACAACGUUUACUGUUUUGGGAUGUGCCAUAUUUAUGGCUAUGAUUGGAAUUUUGAACGGAAACUUAGCCAUCUGGAUCAUCUUCGUAGUAUGCUACACGUUGCUCUGUUUAUUUUUAUCAUUAAAAAUUUAUUUCCUUAACUACGUCGUCGAUGGAUUAAAUCAGUUUCGAAGUUCCGUCACCAAGAAAGGUUUUACUCAACACGCACUUAAACCUAUACGGAAAGCUAGAUUUAUAAUACUGCUGAUAGCGAAUAUAGCGAAUUAUUCAAUGUUGAUUUGUGGGCUCUUGUUGUAUAGCGACAACGUCACUGACUUUGGAACUUUCUUGUUAGCGUUAUUGAUGGGUAACAGCGUCAUUCAUUGUGUGUUUUAUACGUGUAUGAAGCUGAUAAGCAAAGAAAAAAUUUGUUAUGAAGCAAUUCUGUAUGGGGUUCUCGCAAUAGUGUGUUGGGGUUCAUCAAGUGUAUUUUUCUUAGAUGCAGCAACUUUAUGGACGGUCACACCUGCAGAAUCUCGUCAAUGGAACCAAGAAUGUAUAGUCUUCAAGUUCUUCGAUAAACACGAUAUUUGGCACCUACUGAGUGCCCCAGCUCUCUAUUUUACUUUUAUGUAUUUGAUGUCUUUGGACGAUGACAUACUUGAUGUAGAACAAAGAGAUCUACAAGUAUUCUAGAUUAUGGGUUUAAAUUUGCAGAAGAAUACUGUUCUAAACCAAUAUUAAUUUGAUAUAUUGGUAUUUGUAGGAUUUAAUAAACUAAAACAGGAUUGACUUUUGACCUAUUGUGGAUGUUAAGACAGUGUACCUUUAUCGCUGUAAUUUGACCGAUUUUGAUCUAUACCGAUUUAUUGGUGAGGUCUAUUUGUACCGAUGUAAUAACUUAAGACUAUCAAUCAGUCAGCAACGAAACUCCUCUUGUGCCUUCUACACUUAUCUGUUCGUUGCUAGUUGUUGUCAAUAUCUCACAUUCUGACUUUGAUGUUAUUUAGCUACAUUUCUCCAAUAAACAAUAUUUCUUGUCCAACUUUCAUUCUUGUUAUGCCAUGUAUCAUACCCAGUUCAUUUUAAAUCAAUUAAAAUUAAAUUAAAUUAAAAUUAAUUUCAACAAAUUUAAUCGAUUACAUUUUCCACAAUGUUUCCCUUUCUUAUAUCUUUAUUUGUUACGUUGCGGUCUUGGAGAAACUACCAACAGUGCUUGCUCUCGAUGUAUGAAUCAAUAUUUACAAUCAAAAUGUAUUUCAACAGGUUCUAUCCUUGAAAAAUUUGACAAUCUUCUCUCUUUUUAAUAUAUGAUUCCUAUAUCAUCUGUAGAAUUUAUUUUGUGCAUUUCUGUUGCAUUCGAGAAAUCCAAAAAGUGAAUAUUAUACAGGGUGUUGUAUUUGAAAUAACAAAGUGGAUUGGCCACCUCCGUCUACCCAACAGACGGAGUAAUCACCUGAAUAAAUCACAAUAUUUCUUCAAAAUACCUUAACGCACGACCUUCUACGCAAUACCGAUAACAAGGUAUUCGGUCAUUGGUAUUAUCAGCAUUGUGUACAAGGCCGUGCGUUAAGGUAUUUUGAAGAAAUAUUAUGAUUUAGUCACUUGAUUACUCCGUCUGUUCGGUAGACGGAGUAACAUCAUUCGACGUGUUCGAGCGUUUUUUGAACAUACCCCCAUUUCUCUGUCCCACUCUGUACAUACCAAAGGUGACAUUUGUAAUGAUGUGCCAUAUCAUUGUUUUAUAGAUACCAAAGAAGUUACAUCAUAUUAUUCGUGUUUUAUAUUAUAAAAACAACCUGUAAAUGAUCAACUGUGAUAACUUAUUUAAUAAAGCUUUUUUAAUA